AUGGACGAGAAUAUCGGGCUGCACCAUGAGGGUUCGCUGGCAGCUUUGUCCGCCUCAUCCGCCUCCCAUCUUUUAAGCAAUUUUCACCCUUAUGAGCCCAUUUCCCGAGCAACAUCGCCUGGUAUACCCUACCCCAAGUCCGACGACGACGACAAGAAGCGAUACCGACCCCGAACAUUUGCGUACUUUCAACAGCUUCCAUUCGACGUCGAAGAAGAACAACAACGCGAUGCUGCUCUCCAGGGCAUUCUAACGCAGCUAUACAUUGCCAUCAAGGCCGAGGAUUUCUCUCCGGGCGCUUUGCAUUGGACCAGAGAGCUGCAAUCAUGGCUCACUCUCAAAUUCGAAAUGACAAGGGAGCUCCGUGCUACGCUCGCGAAGCUAUACUAUUCUCUGGCGCUGGCGCCCGGCUUGGAUUCAAAUUCCUCGGAUCGCUUUCUGCGCAUGGUUAUCACAUUGACCAGGAAAAACCACUAUCUCAAACCGGGCGAAGAUUUAACCCUCGAUUGGCGGCCAAUAUGGCACGAAGUCAAGGGCGUCGUAUUGCCAUCCGAAGGCCCCUCGUUGCAGAGCGGCAGACGACGGCCGGCCAAGCAACUGCUGAAGCUUUGCACGCACGCCCAUACCUAUUUCGACCCGAAAGAACGAUCGGCAAUGCUCGAGGAGUUUUUACCCUUCUUCAGUAUAAACGAUAUGCCCAAUGCAUUCAUCGUCUUUGGACUCAUCAACACCUUCCUUCCUAGUCAUCCUGCGCCUGAGAAGGACGUUGCUGCCCAACCACAGGAGUUUCUGCCCACCAUCUUCCACCUUUGGUCCAUCAUGAAUAGGUCCAAAGUCGCCGAUGUGUGCCUCAUUGAUUUAUUUUCCCGACUCGCGCGCGAUCAUAUUCACUGCGGCUAUGUCCCAUUUGGAGCACACGGCAUCUUCGCCAAAGACCAGUCCGACCUCAUCUUUACCUCAAUUCUGCGCCUUACCCAAAUUCCCGUCGGACAGGCUAACUCCCCGUACACGGCACUCGACUAUCUGGCUGGAGCAGGAGCAUAUCUGGAAAAGGACUCAAAAAAGCACCCUGUUCCUUACAUGAUGGCGCGUCUCAUUGUCAGCUCGCUCUCACCAGCCUGUAUGGACCAAGACGAUUCCAUCAUGGCCAGCCUUGAAGGCCUGAUGCAAUCUAUUGACACCUUUUUCCACCCUUCCAACCAAGGCUCAUGGACCAAUAUGCUGGGCCAACUCACUCUAUAUCUUACAGACGCAUUUGUGUCUCGGUGGAACCGGGAACAGAGCAGCGAGUUGGACUUGCCCACAGAGCGAAAGAUUAGCCCCGCCUUAAAGAAGCGAUUUGUUGCCUCGCUGAAAGAGGUCACCUUUAUGGGUCUAUUUUCAAAAAGCAGCAGGGUGUCCAAUUGUUAUUACAAUGCGCUUCAAGGUCUCGCCUAUCUGGAGCCCGAUCUGGUCCUCCCCGGUGCACUACAACGGUUCUACCCCAGUCUCCAGGGCUUGGUGGAGGUCCACAGGACGACCUCGAGUUUGAACAGUUUGCAGAUGAUUGCCAAUGUCAUGUCCAAGCUUAAAGGCUAUAGAUGUCAUAUUACCGCGCUGCUAGCACUGGCGUUGCCAGGCAUCGAUGCAAACGAUCUCAACAAGACCCAAUAUACCCUCAACUUCAUCCAAAGUGUGGCCUACAGCAUUCCAUUCGUGCCGUUAACGAAGGAAGAAAGUCAUAUUCAUGACACUACGCUGGCGAUGCAAUGGGUUCAGGCUGAGAUGGACCGAAUGGAGCGGGACGGCCAAGAUGUGCAAAUCGACUACGACAAGGAGUUGAGCGACGAAGAUGAGGCCAAUAUCUUGCGGUCUUCUACUGCUGGCUUCGGAGAAUUCGUUCUGACCCUUUUAGGCAAGGUUUUCACGCUCCUCGAAAACCUUCCCGAUGCAAAUCAAGUUCGAGGAGGGACACCGGAAGAUAAUGUUGUAAAUGCCCUGCCGGCGGCUUUAUCACCGUUGUUUUCUUCACUCUCGCCUGAAUUGUUUGACAUGGCGCUAGAAAAGAUUGCAACCUUCGUUUCCAGUCAUGUUGUUCACCAAGCCCGCGAUGCCAUGGCCUGGAUACUGAACGCGCUCUGCAAAGUUAACCCGGAAAAGACGCUCAAAGUCUUCGUUCCCAUGUUUGUCAUCAACAUUCGCAACGAGAUUGAUCAGAAUCACGCCGCUUCUGAUCGUACCACGGGUACCGAUUAUCUGCCACGCGAUAGAGCUUUGGUAUGGCACAUCAGCAUGCUCGCUAUGACGGUAGUGCACGUUGGGCGUGAGGUUCUGAAAUAUAAGGAUGAGCUGCUUGGAAUUGCAGUCUACAUGCAAGAGAAGUGUCGCGGCUUGCCUACCAUCCUGGUGUCCAACUACAUCCAUCACCUGCUCCUUAACCUCACAAACACGUACCCCAUUGAUCAUGCUCUCUACGAGCCUGAUGUUAUCAAGAAAGGACUUGAUAUUGAAGACUGGGGCAAAGCAACGGCUCCUGCGGAUCUCACCAUUCGGUGGCAUCAACCAUCUCCUCCCGAAGUAGAAUUUGCCGUGGAGCUCUUUGCCUCGCAGACGAAAUCAGCAACAGAGCAAUUGGAGCUUCUCUUCAGUGACAAGCCACCCGUUAGCAGGACUGGGAAAAACAGAGAGUGGUCUGACGAAGUAUCCAGGCUGAUGCAGCAGAUCCGCCUUGUAAUUUCUGGCAUGUCCACCAUGUUUGACCCAAAACGGGCUGCAGGUGAAAGCAAUUCGAAGCUAAGCAAUGGCAACAAUGGGGAUGGCGAUGUAGAUAUGGGUGAGGACGAUGAAAGCCUGGCUGAGGGUGCCGAAGAUGAAGAGCUUCGACCACAAUUCCGAUACGUGGCCGGAUAUCUUCUGAAGCCAGAUGAUCCGGUUCACGAGCGCAUUCAUGAGCUCCGUGACCAGCUUGGCCACCUCCUUUCAAAGGCACAUGCAUUCCUCAGUGAAAACCAAGAGGACGAUGUGACUUGUUUCACCGCUUUAUGUAACGCAUACCGUACUUGGAUUACGGACGUUGGCAUAGAACGUUCCGCUCACCCUCUUGAGCGACACCUUAGACUGUACAAGGCUGAUAUCGCUGCCUUUAAGAUAAAGGGGCUUCGCAAGGUGUAUCCGCGUCCCUUGCUGAUAAAACGGGCCGAAGCUUAUCAAUUGUUGCGUAUGAAGCACAAUGCUUCGCUGCGGCACAAGAGCGAGCUUGAUAAACGCUUAUUGUUGGAUUUAGCCCAGUCGUGCCAAUCGUUGUACGCCGAUGUUCGCCGAGCCGCCCAAACAGCGCAGGAUUCCUCGCUUAAGAUUCUAAUUGCUGGCAAACCACUGGUUGUGCCGGUGAUUCUUGAGGGACUGCGAAAGGCUAUUGAGGCCAACGACCAUGAUCGCAUUAAAGGAGGCAUGUACACGCUCUUCUUUACGUCACUGCUUCGGACAAUUGUUCGAGACUGGAGGUUUGCGCCAGAAGCAAUGACGCUCUACAUCGAGACGGCAGGGAUCGAUAAGCCCUCGAUCCAAAAUCUAGGAUCCUCAGCGCUAUAUUCUCUCAUAGAGUUUGGUAAAGCCAAUGAGCGCAUGGUCAUAAUAGAUGAUGGAGUCUUGGCUGCCAUUCAGCCUUCUCAGGACACAGACGAUGCCAUCGCUAGCCGACACCGAGUAAUCCUGCAGCGAAGAGAUAGGAUUGAGACGGCCAAGGCGGCAUUGGGGCUGCAGCUAACGAAUCGGGCCAAGGGUGCACAUUGGAAGAUAGCGACCAGAUGCGCUAUAUUCGCUUUGAACCUUUGUCUCCGCUUUGACGACCUCGCUCCGGCUGAAUUCAUUGAACUUGUUGCCAACGGCACCAUCGACCCUCACCCUGGUUUGAGAGCUUACUAUCUUAACGCGUUUACGUCUCUUCUCGGGGCCGUUGACAUGCGAGCCGUGUAUGGCCAUGACUAUGCUAAUUAUCUCAUGGAGAAGGAAAUUGGCGACCGGAACAGAAUUGAGGUCCCCGUGGAGAAGGGAGACGCGGAAUUUACCCGCAACUUUCUAGAAGCCUUCUCGAAACCUGAUGGAGCACAAUACCUAGUUGACUGUGAUCAUCCUGGCUGGCUCGUCUGGGGCAACAAGUUUACGGCUUUUCGAUCUCGCCCAGUUCCCUUCCAUUCCUAUGAUGACCUUGAAAACAAAGUUCGGCGCCAAAUUGGCAAUAUUGUGACGAAGGAAUGGAUGUCUCAGUGCUUUGAAUAUUUGAAGCAAGAACCGCGAGAUCAAUCAACGGAUAGAUUCAGAAUGAGCAAUGUGUAUCUCCUGAUGCAUGUAUUUGACCUGACGUACUACGGGAGCACGGCAGUCACACUGGAUGAGAUCAAAGAUCUUACGAAGGAGGUCUUUGGUGACGGCAGCGAUAAGCAUCAGCAUCGGGCAACCUCUGAAAUCCUGGGCGCCUUAUUGGCCGGCUCCAGCGACGAUCCAAUUGAAAUGCGCAACCAAGUUUGGGAAUUUGCGGCGCCUAUGCUACUCAAGAUUCUCAACGACGGCCUGACGCCCGAGAACCUGCAAUAUUGGCUUCCUUGCAUUCAUCUCGUUUUGGAUUCGAGAGACCCUCGGCGGUCACGCGAAAUACUUGAGAAUCUCAAGUCGUUCCGGCUCGACAUGACGUCCAACGCGGCAUUCAAGGAAUCGUCCAAAGUCCAGUUGCUCGAAUUCGUUCUUGCUGACGGUGGUUGGCAUUUCCGCGAGGAGAAGCCCAUUCUUGAAGACUUUCUUGCGCACAUUGACCAUCCCUACAAGGCAGUUCGGGAAGCAAUGGGCAAGGUGCUUUGCGUCAUCUUCCGGACCCGAUACCAUGAGUCUUUUGAGAGUGUGCCUAAGCUUAUUGAAGCAAACAAGGAUGCAUCGUCUAUUGGUAUCAGGCCAUAUCGGCCAUCUUCUGAACUGACAUCGGCUAUCAGGAGCGUCUUUACCCGUUUGGAGCAGUGGCGCCAUGAGAGGCAGCCCCUUCAGCAAACGCAAUCGUCGUAUACAUCAGGGUCCAAGACUGUUCUCACUUGGCUUGACUGCACUUUAUCGUCGAAUGAGUGCACCAUGCUUGUGCCGUUCUUUGCUACUCCAUUUAUGGAAGAAUUGCUGCACAUGAUGGACGUCAAGGAAGAUCCUGAGCUCAUGAGGAUGGCGUAUCACGUAUACAGACAUUUACCCAACAUUCCGUUUAGAGAGGGCGAAGACGCGGAGUUCAUCAAUGCUCUCAUCAAAAUUGGCAGAUCCGCAAGCAGCUGGCAUCAGCGUCUACGGGCCUUGGUAAACAUGCAAGUGGUUUACUUCCGGCGCAUCUUUCUCACUGCCGAAGCUGAAAGAGAUGCACUCUUUAACGCAGUGUCAGAUAUGCUGGGCGAUCAGCAGUUGGAAGUUCGUUCUUGUGCGUCGACAACGUUGGCAGGCAUGAUACGUUGCUCCCCUCGGCACAUUCGCGACCCGAUGAUUGCGCGACUUCAGAAUCGGUUCGAGGAGGAGCUCCAGCAGAACCCAAUGCCGAAACGGAAGCGCAGCCUGGCGGGCACAGAGACGCCGGUGGAUGUUCAGAGGCAGAUCACGCGUAGACACGCGGCGGUGUUGGGUCUAGGUGCGCUAAUCGAAGCAUUCCCGUACGCAACACCACCUCCCGAGUGGAUGCCAGAGGUGUUGGCUACACUGGCGCGUAAAGCCGCUGGUGAUCCUGGUGUAGUUGGCAAGGCCACGAAGGGGAUUUUGAGCGAGUUCAAGAAGACGAGGCAGGAUAGUUGGAGCGUUGAUCAAAAGUAUUUUACCUCCGAGCAAUUGGAGGACUUGGAAGGUGUUCUUUGGAAGAGCUAUUUUGCGUAA